AUGUACCUCUACAACCUUACUCUCAGCCGGCCUUCGGGCAUCCAGUGCGCCAUCUACGGCAACUUCUCGGCCCCCAAGGCCCAGGAGCUCGUCGUGUCGCGCGGCCGCAGCAUCGAGCUGCUGCGGCCGAACGACAGCGGCAAGCUCGUCACCGUCGCGUCGACCGAUGUGUUUGGCUGCGUGCGCGCGCUGGCGGCGUUCCGGCUCACGGGGGCGUCAAGGGAUUACGUGAUCAUGGGGUCAGACAGCGGCCGGAUCGUCAUUCUCGACUUCAAGGCUGACAAGGGCAUGUUUGUCAAGCUGGCGGCAGAAUGGGAGUCGCAGCUGCGGCGUCGUGCGCGGCAGUUCUGGCGCUGA